AGAACAAGAGCAUCCUGCUACUUCCCACUUUGAAAACAGAGGAACUCUGUUUCUUCCAUUCUCAAACACACAGCACAUUCCAUUUCUUAUUCACUCUGUUCCUUCAUUUUACUUUAUUCCAUGCUUUCAAGCCUUAAAAUUGCUGCAGUGCUUUUUAUAACUGCAGUUUCUGAAUCCUUUCCUUCCGAAUAUAUGAUCCUUCCUGCUGAAACCAGCAAAUGCCCAGUCCCUUUUGAGUGAGAAAACCUGUAAGUCCAAUCCCUUCCUGGAAAAUAAUCCCUGGCUUGUUCUGAAAUUUCCUACAGACAUGGGUUCAAUCAAAUCCUACAACCUUAGAGCAGAGAAGGCGAAGGCAAUCCAUAAACAUCGCCAGCUUCAAAAGAUUGCAAGCUUUUUUCGGUUUGCUGAAGUGUGUGUUGUAUUGGUUUUGAUUUCGAGGCUCUCUUUCCAGCUUCCGAUCGCCGUCAAGAACUCCAGCGAGUACUUUCGAGAUGUUUCAGUCUUCAUAGUUGACCCUCGGUUUGUCUUUCUGAUUGGAAAUGUCAUAAUCGUCGCGCUCUUCACUCUCUCCGGUCAGUUCUCAGCUCAGAACUCUGAAUCAAAAAGUUUAGAGCCUGAUUUUUACCAAGAGUUCGUCCAGAACAGCACAAGGAGCCUGGAGAAACAAAGCUUGAAAACAGAGUAUGGCAUGAAGAACCCAGAAAUCUAUGAAGAUCUACCCAAUAAUUCCUCAGAAAAGCAGAUAGUAACCACCGGGAGACUUGAAGGGAAUCAGAUCAAAUACCGAGAAAAUCAGAGCCCCAAGCAUAUAAUCAGAGCAGAGAAAAAUAAAAGCAAGAAAACAGAGGACACCACCAGCAGGAGCAUGGAAGUGACAGUUUACAGAAGGUGUCAGAGUGGGAAUUUACUCAGUGUGAUGGGGAGUGAGGAAUCCAAGCCUGUGCUUCGAAGAUCAGAGACAGAUAAUAGCAGGAAGAAGGGUUCGUAUCCAGAGGAUGGUAUGAGCAAUGAGGAGUUUCGUCUCACUAUAGAGGCUUUCAUUGCCAGGCAACAGAGGCUGCGAAUGGAAGAAGAGUCUUACGUAGCUUAAAACUCAGCAUCACCACUGUGUAUAUUGCUUACUGUAAUUGGGAUGAACUUGCUUAUGAUUUUCUUUCUGCUUUUUCAUUAUAUAAAUACGAUAUAGAUGUAAUAGAAAUGAACAAGAUGGUUUGAACAGUUUAUGAAUCAAAUCGGCUGUAAAGGUUGAAGUUUAGUACCCUGCCCAGACAGCUCAGUUUGUCUUUAUAA